GCCACGCUGCUUACAGAGAAGUGUCGCCUGGCGGAUCUCUCAGCUGCCACACCUGCAGGAAAAGGAGACGCCAUGUGGUGGAGGGAGAGCCAGGAUCAGGAUCGAGUGGGUGGGUGGGGUUUGCAGAGACCCAGAAGGCUGCUAGCUGGCCACUAUUUGGUUCAGGCUGCAGACGUUGACCCCCAGGGUUAGAAACUCAGAUAUGUAAGCUGAUUGCCAAAUGGUACCUUAAACCUCAGUUGUGGGGACCACAAUGGAAUCUCUAGGCAUCAUUUUUUCAUCUCUGAAUCCCUCCAAUUUCUAUAGCAUUUUAUAUUUUAAAGAAAAAAUCUCAAAGUGCUUUACAACACAUUGAAACAUCAAAUAAAACCAUCCAGAACAAAAUAAAACCAAAAACUCAAGCUUCAAGGAGAAUAUUUCAGAUCCUUCUCUAAGUGACAUUUUGCUUUCCCCAUAUUUAUUUGGCGACUUCAUUUAUAAGCUUCCCCACAGCAGAAGAACUCCAGGAAGGCAGUGUGGGGCAGUGGUGAGAGUAUCGGAUGAGGACCUGGGAGAUCAGGGUUCGAAUCCCCACUCCGUCCCAAGUCUAACCAGACUCCGCAUCCAGCAAAGAGGCAGCCGCCUGUGACCUUGAGGAGCAGGACGCGCAGGAACAAGGGGGGGCCCACUGGGCGAUGGAGGGAGACAUGUACGUCGGGGAGCCCCCUGGCGAGAGAGAGGCAGCCGUCGCUGGCCCCCCUGCGCAGGACGAACCGGGCAAAGGAGCCUCCUCCUCCGCCAGCAGCAGCCCAGGCUGCAAAGGCCCCCCCUGGAUGUCCCCCCGCCCUCCAGAGCCGCCUGGCGCCUGGCGGGGCCUCUGCACCUGGGAGUGCUGGCGCCAACGAGUCCUGGAGCUCCUGGAGCAGGAGCAGGCGGCCCAGAGCCCCCCGCGGGCCGCUCAGGUGACAUUUGAGGACGUGGCUGUCUACUUCUCGCCUGAAGAGUGGGCCCAGCUGACGGCCUGGCAGAAGGCCCUCUACUGGGACGUGAUGAAGGAGAACCACCACCUGGUGGCCUCGCUGGCUCCUGCCCGUGACCCCGAGCCAGAGGUCUUGGGCCGGAUGGAGCGAGGGGAGGCCCCUCCUUCUGAGGCCCCCAUGGAGGAAAAGCCGGAAGAGGCUCCCCGAGUGCCCAGCCCAGCUUCUGGGGCUAAGCGGCAGCUGGAGGUCAGGAGAGGACCAGGCGCGGAGCAUCCCUGCAGCAAGACUCAGCCCGAAAAAGCCAAGAGGGACGCUCUGGCUGACGCCAAGCCCCACAUCAAGUGUGAGGAGCAGCGGGGGGGCCCCCAGGGGCCGGCCACCCACCGCUGCGAGGACUGCGGCCGCACUUUCCCCCAGCGGGACGCCCUGAUUUCCCACGUCCUGCGCACCCACUUUGGCGAGCGAGCGCUGCCCUGCCCGCAGUGCGGAAAGUUCUUUGGCAGCGACAGCAGCCUGGCCGCCCACCAGAGCACCCACUGCCUGGAGCGGGUCUUCACCUGCAUCGACUGCAAGAGCAACUUUGUCUAUGAGGAGCAGGAGGCGGCCCGGAUCCACGCCCAGCUGGCCCUGGGGAAGCUUUUCAAGUGCUUUGGCUGCAGCUGCAAGAUCGCCGCCCUCCUGGCCAGAGACCAGAAGCCAGACGUGCAGGAGGGCUGCCCCCCCUUGGGACAGCUGGAUGCCACCUUCUACAGCCGCCAGCGCGCGAUGGAGCAGGUCCGCCAGCGGGCCGCCCACUGGACCACCUCGGAGACCAAGGCCUUUGUGGAGCUGUGGGGGGACGACCGUGUCCAGACGGCACUCUUUGACAACUAUCGCAACGAGGUGCAGUACAAGCGGCUGUCGGACAAGAUGCGGAAGAUGGGCUUCCACCGCAACCUGGAGCAGUGCCGCCAGCGGGCCAAGGACCUGCGCAGGGGGUUCAAGGAGAUCCAGGACGGGAACCUGCACUCCAACCGGGCGCGCCAGACCAUGCCCUUCUUUGCCCUCCUGGACCGCUUCCUGCUGAUGAGCCGGGGGCUGGUGGUGCCCAAGGUGUGCGUCAACAGGACCAAGCAGAGGGGGCGCAAGGGCAGGGGGCGCAGGGAGGAGCCCCAGGGGGGAGAUGCCCCCUUCCUGCUUGCCCUGCCUGCCCAGCACCCCAACUUGCGGGACCUGACGCUGCAGGAGCAGGAUCCAUACCUCCAUGCCCUGGCGCUCCCCGACUUCCACCUGCAGAGCCGCUUCACAAGCCAGUAUCGCCAGGGGGCCGGCCUCCCUGGCUACCAGCUGCCGCCGCCCGACCAGGACCCCCCGGCCAACGCUGUGGGGCUGCCCGGCUGCCCGCUGGAGGGGCAAGACGAGGACUCGCCCGCCCUGCGACUGGCAGACUUCUCCCUGCGGCCACAGGACCCAGACGCCUCCCCUGCCGUGGAGUCCUGCCGGGCAGCCGCUCGCCUCCAGAGCCAGGACCUGGUGCUGAGCCCCAUCAAUGGGCUUUCAGCCACCAGCAGCCUCUGGUCAGAGAUCGCCAGCAUGACUACUACGGAGAACCCCGCUGGCGUGGCAGCCCCAGGAAGCGCCCAGCCCUGGCACCCUGGGAAGGCCCCCAGCUCCUCUGCCAAGCGGAUGCGUGACCUCCGCUUGCGCCGCAGGAGGCAGCGGGCCGCCAUGGCACGGGUGCUGCUGGGGGCCAGCUACCGCCCCAACGACCGGACGGUGUGGAGCAAGACGCAGAAGACGGACUGGUGGGACAACCUGGUGGCCGGGCCGGCCGAUGACGGCGAGUGGGUGCGCUACUUCCGCAUGUCGCGGGAGGCGGUGCUGGAGCUGGUGGAGAGGCUGCGGCCGGUGCUGCAGCGCGAGGACACCAACAUGCGGGCCGCCAUCCCCGUCGACAAGCGCGUGGCCCUCACGCUCUGGAAGCUGGCCACCUCGGACAGCUACCGCUCGGUGGCCAACCAGUUUGGCGUGGGCGUGUCGACCGCCUCGGUCAUUGUCAUGGAGGUGUGCGAGGCCAUCCACGACGUCCUGCUGCGGCACGUGGUCCACCUGGGGGACGCCCAGGCCGUCAUGGAGGGCUUUGAGCAGCUUGGCUUCCCCAACUGCAUUGGUGCCGUGGACGAGACCCACAUCCCCAUCCUGUGCUCGCCCCACGGCGCCUCGGCCUACAUCAACGGCAAGGGGCUGGUCUCCAUGGUGCUGCAGGCCCUGGUCGACAGCGCAGGGCGCUUCAUGGACGUCUACGCCGGCUGGUCGGGCGGCCUGCAGGACUCGGGCCGGCUGUGGGGCUCCCCGCUCUUCGAGCGCAUGGAGAAGGGCACCUUUGGCCCCCAGACCACCACGGAGAUCGAGGGUGUGGCCGUGGGCCCCGUCCUGCUGGGGGGUCCUGCCUGCCCCCUGCGGCCGUGGCUGAUGAAGCCCUACCCAGAGGCCCCAGAGGGCCCCCGCCAGCGCUUCAACCUCUUGCUGGGCAAGUGCCGCAUGGCCGUCAGCUACGCCUUUGAGCGGCUCAAGGGCCGCUGGCGCUGCCUCCUCAAGCGCCUGGACGUGGCCGAGAAGAACGUCCCGCUGGUCAUCGUCGCCUGCUGCAUCCUGCACAACAUCUGCGAGAGCCGCAACGAGGCCAUGCAGGAGGGUUGGGAGGAAGGCAUGGACUACGCCGACCUGCCCUCGGCUGAGGGUCACGCGGACGCCUUCUCGGACGCGGAAGAAGGGGCCGGGGAGGCUCACGGUGUCCGCGAGGCCUACUGCGCAUUCUUCGAGAAGAGGCAGCAGGCGGAGGAGCUCUGAGGGGCGCUGUGCGUUGUGUGUGUUGUGCGAGGACACCCCCUUCCCCACCCCACCCUGUGGGUGCUGCCAAGAAGGGGGGACAGGAACUCAGGCUAACUCAGGUUACAAUUCUCUUCCAUGACUUCCCAGGGGGGCAGCAUCCAGGGGUCCCCCUCGGUGAAGUCCCCCUGCUUACCGGUUGCACUGUUUUGACCUUUUAUAAACCUUUUAUAAAAAUUGGCUUAGUAGGAAGUUUUCACCCUGGACCUCAAUAAAUCCUUGUUCUUCUUGAAAGGACUUUGGUGGGCGUGUCUUAAAUGUGAAAUUUCUCAGGUUUCCCCAGUCAUGAAUGAGGCUGGCAGGAUGCGGGGGGGGGCAGGGAGCCCCCAGUUCCCUUUGCAAAAGAGAGCUUGGUGCAGGAUGUGAAUGAGCACAAGGGCUGGGGGGGAGCGCAGUGAAGGGACAAGUUCAGUAGGGUGUGCUGAUUUUUACAACAAAGGUGUAAUGACUUGGGAAUUCAAAAGAUUUCUUGGUUAAAUUAAUAUAACUUAGUUUUGCUUGGUAAGUAAACUGUGUGUAAGAUGGCAUGGACAUCAUUAAAAAUGACUGCAGUUAUAUUUUACAUUAAUAUUUUUACUUUUAUUUAUUAAUACUUUUCAUUUUUAGCAUUACCUGACACUUUCAAAAGGUAAAAUUAAAAUUAUUUGGUUUUCCGAAA